UACCAGAAUAUGAAACGUGAUGAUUCGACUCGACAUAAUAUUUUUAAAUAUUUAGAUAGGAAACAAUGAGUUCUGAGUAUUAUUGUUUGUAGAAGACUAGAAGACAGUGCUCGUGUGCUUCAAUUGAACUGCGUCGUAAGUGUAUUCACUAUAAUUGUCCCGUGUAUCGGUGUGCCCUACGGCGUAGGUCUUUGUCUGCUGCUAUUCUCAGCCGAAGCGAUCACAUCAAUAAAAUAACAUGGAGGAAGAUAACGACUUGUUCAGGCUACCGCCAGGUCCAUCGAAUUGGAGAAACAAUCCAGUCCCAAAAAGUAAUCGAAGUAGACAAAGUCGUGUAAAAAUCCGAAGCCAAUCAUUAACCCGAAACUUUCACCCGGACCAAUCUUGGCGGACAAUUAAAUCAACUCAAGACGGAAUCUUAACGCAAAAUAAAGCUCCAUUUAUACAACAACGAACUUCCAGUUUCGAUAGCAAAAGGAUAUUUAAUAAUCCUGAUCAAAAGAAUUUUUCCACAAAUAUUCAACGCUACCAUGAUAGUAAAGGAAAUGGCAAGAAGACUAAUAAUAACAUAUUGGGAUAUGCAAAGUUAGAAGCAUUAGCAAAAUCUGAUGUGAAAGAUAUACUAACAAAUAUAAAUGAUAAAAAGAAUGCACUUUUUCGUCUUUUUGAGUCUCCAAUUGACAAGCCUGAUGAGUUUGCUCUGAUUUUGGAAUUAUUGUCAAAAAUUUGCGAAUCGACAUUUGAUCAGUUAAAAUUAAAUAUAUUGUUAGAUAUUUGUAAUUCGCAAUUUAUUACUAGUUUGCGAAACUAUUUGACUGAUUUGCCAUAUACUGAAAGAAAGUCUGCAAAUAAUAAAUACUGGAAAAAUGAAGUUGAAUUUUGGAAGAAUUUUAUAAGGUUUUGUGAAUGUAUAACACUCAUAUCUCCACAAACGGCCUUAAGCAAGUGUAGAUCGCUAAUAGAGGGUACUUCAAGAUUUUGCUUAGAGGAACUAAAAACUAGACACAACUUUGUUUUACCCGACGAAUACAAUUUAAAACUGGAUGAGCUUCGUGAAAAAUUAAUGGCACACGAAAAAGAGAAAACUAAGAAAGAAGAACGGAAACGUAUGAACUUGGCAGAAGAACAAGAACCACCAAAUAAUUUCAGAGAAUUAAGCGUAUUGCCUAGUCGGGAAGACAUUAUGGAAGACCGCCCCUAUUUGAGAGCUAACUUAAUCAAAGGCAACUACCGAGACAUAGAACAUUACCUUGACGUACAAUUCAGGUUACUCCGGGAGGAUUGCUUUGGACCUCUUCGUGAAGGGAUACGUCAAUUUUUGGAAGAUCCGAAUAAAAGGAAAUAUGAUAAUAUACGAGUUUUUCAUAACGUCAAAUUUGUUAGUUCUUAUGUAUCGCCGCACAAAGUCGGUUAUUACGUAGAGUUUGAUGAUUACACUAAAAAGAGAUUUAAAAAGAUAAACUGGUCCUAUAGUAAACGAUUUAUCUUCGGGUCGUUGGUUUUAUUUACCAAGGACAAUUGUAAUUCUUUUCUUGUAGCGACGAUUAUCGACCGCGAUCUAAAAGCUCUCAAUAAUGGAAAGAUUCCAGUGUCGCUGAUUGAUAACAAAGUUGAUAUUUUAUUUCUAAAAGAUACGUAUACCAUGAUUGAAAGCGAAGUAUAUUUCGAGCCUUAUUAUCACGUUCUCAAAGCUUUACAAGAUCCAACAUUUCCUCAACAUAUAGCAAUGAAAAAAUAUAUAAUCGAUGUGGAUUUUGAACCUAGCCCACCAAAAUACUUAAAUAAAGAAGCAAAAUAUGAAAUAGUGUUACCUCAUGACGAUGUAGCGACAUUCAAUGUACUUGAUUUAGAAACGUGGCCAUCUGGCGAUGAUAUUCAACUGAACGAAAGUCAAUUCGAAGCAUAUAAAACGGCUUUGACUCAUGAGUUUGCUGUUAUUCAGGGUCCACCCGGAACCGGGAAGACAUACUUAGGAAUUAAAAUAGCUGAGACGUUAUUAAAUAAUAUUUCAACAUCUGGGUGUCUAUUACUCCUCGUGUGCUACACAAACCAUGCUCUAGAUCAAUUUCUACAAGCUCUCAUUAAAGUUACCGAUUCGAUUGUAAGAAUCGGAGGUCGAUCUCGAAAUGAGGCAUUGGAAAAGUUUAAUUUAAACGAAAUAAGGAAGAAAACUAAGUUAUCACAAAGUGAAUAUCGGCUAUUCGCUGAGCAAAGAGAUGAUUUAAAAUCGUCUAUAUUUCAAUUACAAAAAGCACAAAAAGACCUUGAUUCGAUUAAUAACGACAUUAUUAGUUUUACUUGUAUGAGGCACUAUGUACCAGACUGCCAAGUUCUUAUACAUUCUUAUAACGCAGUUAUUAAGAAUAAUCAAGAUCCAUUGUAUUAUUGGUUAUUUGAGAACUUAACAUACGAUUUUAACGAACCUAUUUUAUUUGAAGAUAACCAAAUUGAAGAACAAUUAUACAAAGAAAAUGCAGAUGAUAACAGAAAUACUUUUAUCUUAGAUGAUUUAGAAAUAGACCAGACUCAUAGUUAUAAUUCAAAUGAAAUUGACACGGUGUUUUCUGUACGAAAAGUUGAACAUACUCUUUCAUAUAUGAUAAAUGAAUAUCAUUCAAAAACUAAUCUUGAGCAAAAAGAAAAAUUAUAUAGAACAAUUGUUAUACAGAGAACAAAAAUAAGACUAUUUAAACAAAUGAAAGAAUAUUAUUUACAAGGAACUCGAAUGAGACCAAUUAACCAUGGAGAAGACGUCAGGUCUUUAUCUUUAAUUGAACGCUGGAUGCUGUACUUUAGCUGGUCACAAUUAGUUUUAGAUAUAUUUAAAGAACGUAUAAUCCCUCUACAGGAGGCUGUCAAGCAAAACAAUGAUGCUUAUGAAGAAACAAGAAUGUUAUUAGAUCUUAGUUUAUUGAAGAAUGUCAAAGUUGUCGGCAUGACUACUAGCGGUGCAGCGAGGUUAAGAAAAUUGUUAAAGAGCUUGGCCCCACCUAUUGUUAUCGUGGAGGAGGCCGCUGAAGUAUUAGAACAACAUAUAAUUACAUCGCUGACUAAUAAAUGCCAACAUCUUAUUCUUAUUGGCGACCACCAGCAACUGCGGCCGUCGGCGGCGUGCUUGCGGCUGGCGAAACACUUCCAGCUGGAGGUGUCGCUGUUCGAGCGCAUGGUGCUCAACGGCGCGCUGAGCCGGCGCCUGCGCGUGCAGCACCGCAUGCGGCCGCAGCUGGCGACGCUCAUCACGCCGCACGUGUACGCCGACCUGCAAGACCACCCCUCCGUGACCCGCUUCCCCGACGUGCGCGGCCUCACGCGCAACCUGUUCUUCUUCACGCACGACUACAGGGAGGAGGCGGUAGACGAUAGUUCCAGUAGAACUAAUCAAAAAGAAGCAGACAUGACACUCAGCUUGGCCAACUACAUAAUGCAGCAGGGAUAUGAACCGGAAGAUGUCACAAUUUUAGCUGCUUACUCUGGUCAAAUGUUUUAUAUGAGAAAACAAAGACUACAGUACUCGCAUCUAUCUCAGGUCAAAAUAACGGUUGUAGACAAUUACCAAGGCGAAGAGUCCAAAAUCAUAUUACUUUCGCUUGUGAGGAACAACGAUCAGAAUAAAAUAGGAUUUUUAGGAAUGGAAAACCGCAUCUGCGUGGCAUUGUCUAGAGCAAGAGAAGGUUUUUAUAUUUUUGGCAACAUUGACAUUUUAAAAGCGAAUUCAAGCCUGUGGGUAAAUAUUGCCCAGACUUUGGAAAGCCAAGAUUCUUUAGGAAGGAAUAUAAAACUUAAAUGUGAAAAUCAUUUAAAUCAAAUUACGACCAUAUACUCCAUAGAUGAUUUUAGUAAAGUACCGGAAGGCGGUUGCCUCUUAAAAUGCAAAUACAACUUACCCUGUCUUCAUUCUUGUCCUCUUGUGUGCCAUAACUAUGACCGAGGACAUGUUGAAAUAAAAUGUACUUUAAAAUGUGAAAGGAUAAUUUGUGAUUUGCAACACGUUUGUCCGCUGAAAUGUAUGGAUAAAUGCAAACCAUGCAUGAUAAAGAUCAUGAAAACCUUACCAUGCGGACACGACAUGCAAGUGUUUUGUCAUUUGGAUCCGCAGUCGACCAAAAUAAAGUGUCUAACUGUUGUGCCUGUUAAAUUACCAUUAUGUGGUCACGAGGUGAAAAAGUCGUGUUACAUGGAAACGGCGAAGGUGAAAUGUCCGGUGCCGUGCGAGCUGCACGUGGAGCGCUGCGGGCACGCCUGCGUGCGCUCCUGCCACGUGGACGACGACCCCGACCACGAGGAGUACAUCUGCACCAAACCCUGCGUUAAAGCUAAGAAGGGUUGCACUAUGGAACUUGUAGGCGAUCGCGGUGACCACCAGUGCAUGAAGAAGUGUUAUGAAGAAUGUGACGACUGUAACGUAGAAGUGGAGAAGAAGAGGUCGCAGUGCAAGCACAAGGAGCGCGUGGCGUGCUCCCGCAGCGCGGACGAGCAGCCGUGCCGGCGCCGGUGCGCGCGCGCGCUGGCCUGCGGGCACUUCUGCGGCCGCCGCUGCGACGAGCCGUGCGGGGGCUGCCGCGUCAAGGUCGAAAAAGAUAUUCCGGAGUGCGGUCACAAGGUGGAAGUAGAGUGCGGGAAGGCCGUGAGCCGAAAGAUGUGUACGCAAGCGUGCGCCCGCGUGCUGGCGUGCGGCCACCGCUGCCGGCAGCUCUGCCGCGACGAGUGCUCCCCCGCCGCCUGCACUGAGCUGCUGCCCGAGCUCUUCGACUCGCCCUGCGGCCACCGGGUGCAGCUGCCUUGCAACAUUGUGUACGGUCGAUCAGGCCCGCCGGAGGGCGCGGCGGUGGCGCGCCGGUGCCGCGCGGCGUGUUGCGCGCAGCUGGCGUGCGGCCACGCGUGCGCCGGCGACUGCGCGCGCUGCCUCCGCGGCUGCCUGCACGUGCCCUGCGCGCGCCGCUGCCAGCUGCCCAACAUCUGCGGGCACGAAUGUAAUGAGCCUUGCAAUCAGCUCUGCCCGCCGUGCAACAAAAAGUGUGAGAUGAAGUGUGCGCACGCUCGCUGCCCGCGGCCCUGCGGAGCGCCCUGCGUGUCCUGCCAGGAGCCGUGCGCGCGCGCGUGCCCGCACGGGCGCUGCUCGCGGCGCUGCGGCGAGCCGUGCUCGCGCGCCGCGUGCGCGCAGCGCUGCGCCCUGCUGCUGGCGUGCGGCCACCGCUGCCGCGGCCUGUGCGGCGAGCGCUGCCCCGACGUCUGCAAGGCUUGCCGCCCGGACGACUUCCCCGUCGAUUUCUUGGGCGACCAGUUCGACGACGACGCCAUGUUUAUCGUAUUAGAAGAUUGUGGUCAUAUAAUGGAAUUUGAAAAUAUGGAACAUUUAAUGAAUUCUGAAUCUGAAUCUGUGUCUCUCCCUGCUUGCCCAUUUUGUCGUAAGCCAAUCAUUAACACGCCUCGUUACAAAGAUUUAGUAAACCGUAGAUUUAAAACUGAUAUUACUCCCAUCAAGGAACGUGUUUAUGGGAAUAUACAAAAAAAUCUCGAAACGAAGAAGGAAUUACUUAAUAAAAUGACAACAUUCAAAGAUGUCCAUGCAGAAAUAUAUGGAGACAUACGGUAUUCGGACUGGAAAAAGGCAUUCGAUAAACUAUUUCGCUUAGUAAAUACAAAAAAAAAAUAUUCGCUGAUUCAGCUGAAUAUGUAUUUUGUAUACUUGGAUAUUUUGGAAAUUCUGUCGGGCAUUCUUAAACAGUUUAAAGCGGCUAAAUUGACUGAGAUGCAAAGUGAUCUUGCCGAUAAAAAUUCUAUGAUAUGUUGCUUUUUGCUUAAUAACAUUCAAAAAAUAAGUCAACAACAACAAAUGGAUAUCGGCAACGAAAUAAAACGUAUGAAUUCAAUUGUUAUGCUUUCAAAACUAUUAAGUCAAGAAAUUUACAUUAUGAAUAAAGAUCAACCAAAUAUUAUGCAAGCCUUGGAAACGGUAAAAAGAGAAGUAGUCGGAUAUGGUAUAUACAACAAAAAUAGUGCUGUGACCGCACUUAAAAACUUUCAAGAUAUAAUAAAAGCGUCUAACAUCGUGACAAAGGAAGAACGUGAUUUGAUUAUAAAAGCCAUAGGAGCCAAACUUGGUCAGUGGUACAAAUGUCCAAACGGUCAUCACUAUAGCAUAGAUCGUUGUGGAGGUGCGAUGGAAAUAUCUAAAUGCAUAGAAUGCAAAGAAGCAAUUGGUGGACAAAAUCAUGCGUUGCUACCAAGUAACAAGCACGCACCUGAAAUAGAUAACUCCAAAUAUGCAGCGUGGUCGGAAGAGGCUAACAACAUGGCAAACUUUGAUUUGAAUGAUUUACUUUAAUUGAUGAUUAUGAAUACUUAAUUAUUAUUUAAAAAAAAAGUCUACCUAUAUGAAGACUUACAAAUAAUGAUUAUAUCGUAUCGGACUACCAAUUAUUUUAUAUAAAUAAAACGUAGUUUUAUGUUUUAGUUCACAUUUCAUGAUUAAGGCAGUAUUUUAGUUAAUAAGAAAAUAUGUCAUCAAUUAUUUUUGUUAUAUUGAUCUUCAUAAAUAAGUUGUACUAGGAGUAAUACGUAAUUUACUUAUAACUCUAAAUGAUUUACAAAAACAACAUUUCUUCAUACUUUGAAAUACAAAUAAAUCAUGUCUCCAGUAUUGUCUUUGAAGUUAGUCGUUAUAUUAGCCGACGACGAACACUGUUAGCUAUAAGUACGCCACCACUUUGAUUUUUUACCACGGCAUUAUUAUAAUAUAAAACAAUGCAUACUAAUAUUAUAA